GGGGCCAAGGCGAUGGGCAGGGUUAUCGGUUUUCAGUUAACAGCCUGUAUACAUAUAUAGACACAUUUGUAUCCGCAUGUGAUACAUACUUACGCAUGCAUAUGUAUCUUUUUAAGAUUUGCAAACCGCUUUAAAAUGUCCUGAACCUUCCGUCUCCGGAAGGUCUGCCCAUUUUAUCAUGCAGAGGCCGGGACCUGCCCAGGAUUACAGAGCUAGGAAGCCUCCGAGGCUGGAUUUGAACUCAGAUCUUCGAGUUCGUUGGGAUCUGGGGCUCUGCCCACUUAGCUCCCGGCUGAAGCCAUGACGCAUUCGUUUUGCAGAUGAGAAAACAGACCUGUGGCCGGGCACAAAACCCCAGGGACAUGCCCAGGGCCAGCCCCGGGUCCGGCCACUGAAUUCCAGGGGCUUCCUUCCUGGGCCUCUGACACCUGUCCCCUCCCGGGGCCAUGGCCGAGGUCCAUGUCAUUGGUCAGAUCGUUGGGGCAACGGGUUUUUCUGAAGACAGCCUCUUCUGCAAGUGGGGUAUCCACACAGGUGGAGCAUGGAAGCUGUUGUCAGGUGUUCGAGAGGGCCAGACCCAGGUGGACACUCCUCAGUUGGGCAGCAUGGCCUACUGGUCUCACCCAAUUGACCUGCACUUUGCCACCAAAGGCCUUCAGGGCUGGCCCCGGCUCCACCUGCAAGUGUGGUCUCAGGACAGCUUUGGCCGGUGCCAGCUGUCCGGCUACGGCUUUUCCCAUGUGCCCAGCAGCCCCGGGAUCCACAGCCUCCACUGUGUGACAUGGCGCCCCUUGGGCGGCUGGCGAGAGCAGCUGGCCAGGGCCUUCGUGGGUGGUGGGCCCCAGCUGCUGCACAGCGACGUGGUCUACACCGGCGCCGACCGCUACCGGCUCCACACGGCCGCGGGGGGCACCGUGCACCUGGAGCUGGCCGUGAUCCUGAGAAACUUUUCCCGCUACGGGGUGGAGUGCUGAGCACCUGGGCGGGCUCCCAAGCCCCGUCUCAUUUCCUCCUGUCCCCUUCUCUGUCCAUCCCGGACUGCUGCCCUCAGCGGUCAAUCCGCACACUUCCUGAGCUCUCUCUGGGGGCCGGGUGCUGGGAUGAGGAAGGCCCCGGGAAUUGCCAAGAAACUAAGAGGCUUUCCAGGGGCGUCCGUGUGAAUGGGGGCGACCUUGCGAAGGAAAUGCACAAAUUGUACAUCCAGGAGUCCUACAGAGAGCAGACAUCGCCGUCCCCUCAUCAUGUUAAAGGGAAACGGCCUCAGCCCCGAGUCCGGUCCCUUGGGGGGUGUCCAGGGACAGCACCUUGAGUGAUUGAACCCCAAUGCCUGAGUUAAAAGGAGCCUUAUUCACUCUC